UAAUGACUACCUCCUCCACUUUCCCUGACCACCUUUUGAGUCCACUGCUGACAGAUUGUGUCUAUUCAUUUCUCCCAUCGGUACGAAUCAGGCCUGAAGUCCAACGCUUCGAUGUCUCUCCUGGCUCCUGGUACUCGCUGCUCGUCCUGCACACUUGUCGACUUCCUUCCUCUUCUCUGCCCAUCGUGCGAUCUUCCGUUCUGCCCUAAUCACAUCUACAUCCAUCAACCAUGCUCCUCUUUAGGUUCAACCUCUUCACAUGGUGUAGCUGUCGGUAAGUUGGAUAGAGGUAAGAAGACAUGCGAGAAGGAAGGAUGUGAGAGGGAGACUAUCGAAAGUGUUGCCGGAGUAUCAGGGAGAGACGAAGAAGAAGGGAUUAUUGCGAGAGAGGUGAGGUGUGAAGGCUGUGGGGGUGCAUUCUGUACAUCACAUCGAGCGCAAACAUCCCACUCAUGCCCCGCACCCCUCAUUCACAACGCCCGACACGACGCCUUUCUCGUCCGCCGUUCACAAGCGGAGGACUUGAUAGCAAAGAACUUUACAGGUCACAGAGAUCGGACGGAGAGGAAAAUGCCGACUCAGAGGGAUGUAGUGAAGAAACCAAGGAUUGAAGAGGAAAGGUUACCGCCAAGUUUGCAACCAGCGCAGACAACAUCAACGAUAUCUCAAGAACUGACACAAGGGGAGGCAAAGGUGGAGAAGAAAAUCAAAAGCAAGGCUGAAAAGUUAUGGGACAUUCAUCUUCGCAAAGUACGCUCAACUGCCACACGUUUAGGAGGUGGUGCAAAUAUUCCAGAUACGGAGAAGGUAUUUUUUGAAUGGGGUGUGGAUUUGACGGGAGCAAAGGUGAAGGUGUGGAAAGGGAAAUGGGAUAUAAAGCUCGAAAGAGCUUGGAUAGGGGAGGAUACUCCAAUAGGCAAAGUGAUGGAUUUAAUCAUCGCACAGAGUAAAACAUCCCGUACAACUGAUACCAAAUUUUCCCUCGUGCAACUCUAUCCCACAUCAGAUGGUCUGCCCUCAACAACCUCUUUAUCCCCAUCUCAACCGGCGAAAGCAGUAACUCAAGGCGCAGCGCUGAUACUGGUAAGGGGCGAAAUGGUAUGAUAUGC